AUGUUCUUAAAGGAUUCCAUUGCCGGCGCGGAGCAGGUUAGCCAUCCGAAAAAGGAGCACUUGGCUGCUUCUGUUGAGACACAGGCUAAAUCUCCUGUGGAGCCGGCUGUCAACGAAUCUGAUGAAGCUGCCAUUCGUAGUAGGAAGAAGAAGAUGGAGGAGGCAGUCUCACCCGUGCCGUCCCCCAAGCGGGAGGGGCCUUCAGAGGGGCGAAAAGGCUACGACCUGGUUCAACCGGCGCUCUCCGCUCUUGCCUCGUUGGGCUUAUGUUUCCUGGGCGCACUCAUCAUGCACGAGUUUCCCGAGUUUCUCUUCGAUUACAUCUCAAGGCAGCAGUCUGAUCCGGAGUCUGUGUGGCCACUGUCCGAAUACUACUGUUGGAUCGCCUUUGCAGCCAUAUUCGCUUUGCUCGUCGUAGCUCUGCCCCUCUUGGCAGUUGUGUCAAAAAGUCGCUGGCUGGGCUAUGGGCAAGAUCGGCGUCUGACAAAGUGUAUCUGCCUGCUGCUCUGGUGCGUAUUCUUUGGUUGCUUGGCUCCACUCAACAUCUCGACCAGUUUUCUCCUCCUACUCGCCACACAACCUGUGCUGAUGAUAGUUUACCUCUGUGCAUCAAGGUUUGUAGACAUUGGUCUUAUCUGUGUGUUCUCAUAUUUUUGUGGCUCUACAGCACUUGUACUCACAAUUUCCACACACAUUUUGGUAUGUGUGUGUGUGUGCGCCCAGUUUUGA